AUGAGCGCCUUCGAACUCGCUGCCCGCGCGUGGGCGCCCGGAACGGACUUCCCGGAGCCUGCCAAGCUGAACUGGCUAUACCAUCUGGGUCUUGCGGUCAUAUGUAUCCUGUGGACUCUGUCGCUUCUCGUUGUCGGCCUCCGGCUAUGGGCGCGGUGGACGUCGAAGCAGAUCGGCGUGGAUGACUACCUCAUGGUUGCUGCCAUGGCUGUCAACACUGGCUGGUUCUAUACAUUGAUCAUGUAUGUCAAGACGUGCUACGUCGGAAUCCAUUACUGGGACGCGCCGGAGCUCACGCUGGAGCAGCAAAGCCAAGCCAAGGUGUACGAGUGGCUCAUUAUCCUGCUGUACCACCCUAUCCUGGGCUUCGUCAAGGCAUCGGUCCUGUCCUUCGACCAGCGGCUGUCGGGCGUCCAUAAGCCGAUCCGCUACACAGUCUACGUCCUCCAGGCUGUCAACGCGGGCUGCAUGAUCUCCAUCUUCUGCGUCACCCUCUUUCAGUGCAGCCCCAUGUCGCUGAACUGGACGCCCGGCUAUAGGCGCAGCUGCAUCGACAACGUCAGCUUCAACUACGCCUACAACGGCAUCGUCAUCGCCACUGACAUUGCGGUGUUGGCCGUCCCGUUUUGGGCGUUUGUCGGUCUGCAGCUGCGGACUCGACUCAAGGUUGCCCUCCUCUGUGUCUUUGCUCUCGGUGGCCUUGUCACCGUCGUCUCCUGCAUUCGUCUCGUCCUCCUGGUAAACUGGUUCAACCAGUUCUACGCGGGUCUCGGCUCCAAGGACAUAUACUACUCCUUUGGCUGGGCCGUCUCGCCCAUUGAGUGCAACCUCGCCAUCAUCGCCGCCUCCAUCCCUGCGCUCUGGCCGCUGUUCCGCCAGGCCUUCCCCAGCAUCUUCUCGGAUCUCACCUCGUCGUACCACGCCAAUGCGCAGCCGGCCAACACCAGCCGCGCGACCGACUUCCGCUCCAACCUCGCCCGGCCCGUGGGGGCGUCGCGCCUACACGACGACACGGACGAUGGCUUUGCGAUGAAGUCCAUGCACGCCAACGGCCAGGCGGGCUGCAGGGCCACCACGCCCACGGGGUCGCAGGACGGCAUCAUAGAUGCCAAGGAUGGCAUCGUGCGCACCACCGACGUGGAGAUGACCUAUGAGGACACCAACAAGAACAGGGACUAUGGGCAGGAAAGUGACGAGUAUGGUCGGAAGAAGGUCAUGCGUGUCCUGUGA